CGUCAUAAGGCUGCGCUGCGCGAUUCUGUUGGGAAAAAGGACAAAGUGUUCAAACACGCAGAAAAACUCCUGGUGAAGCAACACACUGUUAUAAAGAUGGAGUUUAUUAAAGAGGAGAGUGAAGACAUGAGGAUUGAAGAAGCUUUUACUGUCAAACAUGAAGAUCCUGAAGAACAACAAACAAAGAUGGCGUUUAUUACAGAGGAGAGUGAAGACGUGGAGAAUGAAGUCAAGCAUGAAGAUCCUGAGGAACAAACAGACCUGAUGGCACUGAAAGAGGAGAGUCAAGAUCUAAAUGAAAUGGAAGAAAAAAACUUCAUGACUGGUGAUGAAUCUUUUAGCUACUCACAGACUGAUAAAACAGAAACUAGAAACCUUAAAGUCCAGAUGAGAAUUCAGACUGGAGAGAAGCAUUACACCUGUGAACAAUGUGGAAAGAGUUUUAGUUUAAAAGACAGCUUUAGAGUCCACUUGAAAAUCCACACUGGAGUGAAGCCUUACUCCUGCAAACUGUGUGGAAAGAGUUUCUUACUAAAAGGACAUCUUAAGACUCACAUGCGCGUUCACACUGGAGAGAAGCCGUUCAUCUGCUCUCAGUGUGGCAAGAGUUUUAGACAGAAAAAAGAUCUUAAUACCCACAUGACAAAUCACACUGGAGAAAAGCUUUACUCCUGCAAACUGUGUGGGAAGAGCUUCAGACGAAAAGACAAUCUUAAGAAUCACAUGCGAGUUCACACUGGAGAGAAGCCGUUCAUCUGCUCUCAGUGUGGAAAGAGUUUUAGACAGAAAAGAGAUCUUAAUACCCACAUGACAAAUCACACUGGAGAAAAGCCCUACUCCUGCAAACUGUGUGGGAAGAGCUUCAGACGAAAAGAAAAUCUUAAGACUCACAUGAGCAUUCACACUGAACAGAAGCCGUUCAUCUGCUCUCAUUGUGGCAAGAGUUAUAAAUGGAAAAGAAAUCUUAAUGGCCACAUGAAAAAUCACACUGGAGAAAAGCCUUACUCUUGCAAACUAAGUGGGAAGAGUUUCAUGCAAAAUGAACAUUUUAAGACUCGCAUGAGAAUUCACACUGGUGGAGAUUAUCCAUUUGUUUGUGAUCAGUGUGGAAAGAGUUUCAAAUUUAAAGCACACUUUAAUAAUCAUCACAUGAGGAUUCACUCAGGAGAGGACUGUUUUGUAUGUCAUCAGUGUGAAAGGAGUUUCACAGACAGGCGUCACCUUGAGAAUCAUGUAAAAAUUCACAUCGGGGAGAAGCCUUACAUGUGCCAUCAAUGUGGAAAGACUUUAACAAACAGCGCAAACCUGGAGGAUCACAUGAGAGUUCACACUGGAGAGAAGCCUUUCACCUGCCAAGAGUGUGGAAAGAGCUUCACAGUUAAAGGAAACCUUAAGACGCACAUGAGAAUUCACACUGGAGAGAAGCCUUACAAGUGUCUUCAGUGUGACACGAGUUUCCAAUAUCACAUAAGCAUGAAAAAUCAUUUGCAAACUCAUUCUGGAAAGAAUUAAUUGUUUUCCCCAGUGUGACGAGGUUUAGAAAAAGGAGUCAUUUCAGCAAUCAUCUGCGCAUUCACUCUGGAGAUAGACAGUUUAAUUGGGAUCAAUGCAAUAAAAUCAUCACACUUAUGCAUAUGCAAAGUCAUGUAAAUGUGAGAGCCUGUUUUUGUUCUUUGAUAAAGAGUAUGACUAUAGAAAUGCAUAUCCAUUUGAAAUAAGCAGCUGAAUGCGAGCUUCAUCUUAUUUCCACCUCAUGACCAAUUCUUUUAUUUGUAUUACUGUUUUAGCUAUAUCCUACAUCUCUUUAUACUUUACCUCUAGUAAACCUCUAGUCUUUUUGUUUUCUUUUGACCAUGUUUACUGCAGUGAGAACUAGGGCUGGGAAAAUAAAUUGAUGCAUCGCGAAUUGAGAAAUGACUCAGCAUUGAUUCUGAGAUUUUCCGAAAGCAUCACGAUUAGGGAUGCACGAUAUUAAAUUUUUCAGUCCUUCUCAUAGUCUUUCUCAUAGUCGAUACCAAUACUCAAUAAGUUCAUAUUUUUAUGUUAUAAUCUUCAUAUAAUCUACAAUUUGUGCACCCAGGAGAAUAGAAAAUCUGAGAAGCACUGAUUAAACUGAUAUUUUAGUAGCUCUGGCCUAACUAUAAUAGCAAACUUCAGUCCUGACUCUUCAAAUGUGUUUAUUUUUUGUGUAAGGCACCACAAUACUUAGUAACAGAAAGAGUUUAACAGAACUAUGGUUUCAUUUCAUUUCACAAAAUUCAAGUAUUUCAUGCAUAACAAAGAAAUGCAUCUAUUCACCCUUUAGUGCAUGAGGAUGAGGAUGGUAUAUUGACUUUAAGUCAUGUUUUUCAAAUGCAUAAUAAAUAAAAUGCAUUGACAUUUGUCAACCUCGAAAAAAAGAAAAACAAAAGUGCAUCCUUAAAAAUACA